AUGAUCGUUGUUUUGUCGCAGGUCGCGGCUGCGGGGAAGAGUGAUGUCGCCAGUGGCAGGGUUGGGUACAGCUAUGGACAGCCUAUGCCAGUGACCUGUUUGAACCGGACAAUUGACUCUGGAGAACAUAUCACGGACAAUCUCGGCAAGCUGCAAUACAUUCCCUUCCCAACCUGCAACGAGACCUUCCUCCCGCUUGCACUCCGCUACGGCGUGACAGAGACUAUCAAUUGCACCAUCAGCUCGCUCCCCGACGAGCUCUACCACCUCCUAGAAUAUUACGUCCACUCGGACGUACCACUAGCCUGUCGCGUGCCCACAGCACCCCUCGCCCCAUCCGCGCAAGCGGGCCCAUCCCCAGAUACCAAGAACGGCGAAACCACCGACCUCUCUCCCCUCGACAAUGGCGGACCGGCAUACACACCCCUUACCUUCGCUCUGCAAGGCACCCUGCAGCGCAGCCACCUGCACAUCUGGACAGACAUGAACGUCCUCGUGCACAGUAUCGCCUCGGCGAGCAAGACCAAGAAAAGUAAUCGGAAGAGCAAGCAUGCGAAGCCGGGGUACGUCGUGGCCGGUACCGCGUACUCGAUUCCCGAGUUCGACGGCCCUGUUCCGAACGAGAAAGACGCUGGCGAUGACGACGCGGCUGUUGCUGUUUCCGAGGCGGCGCGCGACCCCUGGACGGCCGGGCACGGCACGAAGGUCAUUCGCGGCGAGCCGCUCACGUUCACGUUCCAUGUGAGCUGGGUUGAAGGCGGGAAGGGGAUCUGGUGGCCUGCUGGCGGCCCGGAUACCGGGGACGGAUCGUCUGGCGUGGCGUCGUUCUUUUCCAGGCUGUUCUUCUUCGUGCUGGCUGCGGGUGUCGGGGCGGUUGUUGCGUUGUACUGGGAGCGGAACGGGGCACGCCGACGGGCUGGAUGGCGCGGAGAUGGGAUUUUGGGGGCCUCUGCUCCUCGUGGGAAAGGGUCCGUUGGGAUCGCGUACGGCAAUGGUGGUAAGACAAAUGGGUAUGGGGGCUAUUCGCCUGCGAGCAAUCCCUCUGUGGUCGCUGCUGGUGGUGGGGGUUAUGGAUAUGGGGGGUAUGGGAAGAAGGACUGA